AGAGUAGGUUGGCAGAGACAGACUCGAGGAACCUCGUUUGCUUCCCAUGAGAGCGAUUGAUUUUCCCGUAAAACCCUAAAGCCCCAUCUUUUUUGGUUUAAGCUUUGUUGCGCCUCUCUCUCUCUCUUUCUCUCUCUCUCUCCAUUCAAAACUUAACUUUUUAUGUGAUUUUUUUUUCAUAUGAAUUCCUCCAGUCCCUAAUUGAUAGACUACCUCCAGACGGUGUAGGACUCUGAAAAUUGUGGUACAUUGUAUUCACAGAGCAUUUGAGCCAUUUCUGUGUUCGGAUUCUAAAGUCUUUGCCGCUAUGUUCCUAAGUUAAAACAAAGCUGUGUUUUUUAUUCACCAUUCAAGUUGAACAAUUCUCCAUAUUACAUGCACACCAACUGUUCGAGGAAUUUCUCUAGAGAAGCUAAAGUUCAUUCACUUUGAUACUUGUAUUCGUGAAAUUUAUAGUUUCAUUAUGGAGAAUGAGAACAAAGCCGAGGUCGAAAGUUUUAUAAAAGAAUUACCUCCUGUAGAGUUCUGCUGUGUAUAUGGCUCUACUCUCCAUCCAAACAACCAUGAUAAGUCGUCCAUGGUAGAUUUCAUUCUUGGUGUAGCAGAUCCUAUGCAAUGGCAUUCUGAUAAUCUUAACUUGAAUAGAAUCCACUAUGCCUCAUGGAUGGUGCACCUUGGUGGGGCAAAAUUGAUUACUGAAGUUGCUGAAGGGAUCGGUGUAGGAGUGCACUUCAACCCUUUUGUUACUUGGAAUGACAGGAUGUUCAAGUAUGGGAUUGUCAGGAUGCAUGAUCUAAUUCGGGAUGUACUGACUUGGGACAGGUUUUACUUGAGUGGUCGUUUACAAAAACCAGUUCAAAUCCUUGUAGAUAAUUUGGAAAUUGCAGAAGUAAACUCAGUAAAUUUGAAGGCUGCUGUCGCUUCAGCUCUCCUUCUUUUGCCGUCCCAGUUCACUGAGGAAGACUUGUAUGCAAAAAUAUGCAGCCUUUCUUAUAUGGGUGACUUGCGUAUGUUUUUUGCUGAAGACAAAAACAAGGUGAAGAAGAUUGUACAAGGGCAAUUUGAUUUGUUCCAGUCAUUAUAUAAGCCUUUUCUUGAAGAAUAUGAGAAAAAGGAGUUAUUAAGGUUCUCAUCAUCUGGUGUACAGGGAAACAUCUCUCAGGAUUGCGGCUUAUCUGCAGCCCAUUUGCAUGUUUCUUCUCUUGGUUCAACGAUCAGAAGCAGAAUGGCAAUGGAGCUAGGAGAUAACAAAAUGCUAGAUGAAUCUGGUAAAGUUAUACAUCAAGUUGUGAUCAAUUCAAGGGAGGAAGCUGCAAAAUGCAUGCAGAAGGUCCUGAGGCGAGUCGUCAUGGUCUCAAGUGCAAGGCAGGCUGUGUCUGGUCUACUAGCCGUGGGUGGUGUUAACGGCACAAGAUAUCUUGCUAAUAAAAUUCGCAAAGCCUGGAAAUCCUGGUCAUGACACCAAAAUUAAAAGCUGUUUUUAAGUAGAGAUGCUUCAGCCACAUAUACUGAGUGGCUUUGCCAAAUUUUGAUGAUCCACUCAUAUAUCCAAUUAACUACAUGUUUACCAAGGAGCACAGCAAAUUCCUUCUAGUCUUAUUACCAUGGUGGAGAUCAUUUUUCUCUCAUUUUGUGUUUUGCCCUAAGCUGGUUGAUACAUUUAUUGUUGUGGAUGCUGUAAUUUCUUCCAUUCUUGGUUUGAACAUUAACAGCAUAAAAUAAAAUAAAAUAAGAGAACUUAAGCAAAAAAA